GUUUCUUUCCCCCUCAAGCUUGGCAGACAGCAUCCUCGGGAUCUGGUUCAUGACUGUGUUUUUUUACCUCACAAAGGCAACGCGAACAAGGUGGCACACUAGGUAAUAAUAGUAUUACCGAGGCAAAAGGAGCUAAUGAGAACGAAUAUCGUACGCAAUUUGCCAUCAAAUUUAUCAAAUCAACAGGAAAUGGUUCUUUAAGCUUCGUCGUUUGCCGUCAUCUGUCGUUCUCUCCUUCUACCUUCAGUCAUUGGUCGGUGCUGGCACUCACUACAGCUGCCAUGUAUACUCCUCCUACCACGCUCCCUUAUCCUUCAAAUAUUUCUCCUCCACCUCCGCUCUUUCUCUCUCAAUCCACCUCCGAAACUAGCAUCGCAAAAAUGAAUGCUACAGGCCAUCGCGGCCUCCCGCUUUUCGCGCCUUCGGGCUCUAAGAGGAGUUUUGCACCUCCAGGCUUCUGGCAGAGACUCUUCAAAGGCUGGAGAGUGAUUAUAUUUCGCUCCUGGUUGAAUCUUCUUCUGUUUCUCAUUCCAGUGGCAUAUGCCCUCAGCGUUACCAUGGAACAAUCGCAUGGCCUAGUGUUCGGCUUUUGUUUGCUCGCCUUGGUUCCUUUGGUUCAGUUGCAUGAACUCUCGACGGCCGAAUUAGUCUGCCGCCUUGGGGGGUCGAAUACCGGUUUGAUCAGUGCUAGUUUGUCUAAUAUUGUCGAACUUGUCGUUGCAAUUAUCGCACUGCGCAAGUGCGAACUUCGCGUUCUCCAAUCCACUCUUGUGGGCUCGAUGUUGAGCAAACUCCUACUUGUAUUAGGGAUGUGCUUCUUUGCUGGAGGUCUACGUUUUACCGAACAGGUCUUUGAUCCCACGGCAAAUCAGAUCCAUUCGUCCCUACUGAGCAUCAGUGUUAGCGCCGUCCUACUGCCAGCUGCAUAUCACUUUUCACUCGGUGAUGACGACCCUAUGCCUGAAAGCCAGAAGCAGAAUAUCUUACGAAUGAGCCACGGGGUCUCUCUCGUCUUAAUGUCUCUCUAUACCGCAUACCUUCUAUUCCAACUCUGGUCGCAUUCACAUCUAUACCAGGAUACACACAAGAAGAGUACUAAAUUAACUACAGAGAUCCCUUCCCCCCCCUCAUUCUUUCGGAAAGCACAGCAGAAAAGCGAGUCCCCUUCGCCUCUUUCCGCUAGCGCUUCAAGAGAUAACCUCUCACUCAAGAGCUUGGACAGUUGCAAUGACUCAGAUCCGCCGUACGUUGGAACUUCCUACGCGACACAAUCCGAAGUCACACUGACCAACUCUCAAAUAUUGGACCCCCAACAAGAUUACUCCGUUCGACUUGUUGGUGCAGGUGAUUCCUUUUCUAAGGGCCCCAGUAUUGGAAGUCGCAGCUUCAGUGGGUCGACCUACCAUGGAAGUCCAGAAAUGGACCAAAACAACUUGAAGCAAGUCGACUUCAAAGGCAAUGAAGAUAUUAACGACGCACGGUCCAUAUCUCCCGUAUCCAGCUCUAUUUCAGUUCAGCGGAAGCCGCGGCUCAGCGUGUUCAUGACGCUUCUUCUACUGUCAAUUGUCACUGUGUGCGUAGCUUUCACAGCUGAUUGGUUGGUCGAGGCUAUGAAUGGAAUUUCGACGACCAUCAGCAAAGAAUGGGUCGGACUUAUCCUCCUUCCUGCUGUGAGCGCUCUGGCAGAAUGCGCCACAGCCAUCAACGUUUCGUACAGGGAUCAAUUGAACCUCAGCAUCUCCGUGGCUGUUGGCUCUACCAUCCAAACUGCGCUAUUCGUAAUUCCAUUGAUGGUGACAGUGGCUUGGAUAGGCGGCAAGCCUUUGGCGCUUCUGUUUGACCCAUUCGAGUCAUUGGUUCUUUAUAUUUCUGUACAAACGAUGACUUACGUUGUCAGCGAUGGAAAAUCUAAUUGGUUGGAGGGCAUCAUUCUGAUAGGCCUGUACAUUAUAAUAGCGGUCUCGUUCUGGUACUACCCAGGCUCCCCCCUUCCGAGUUCUUUGGCGGCUUGUCAUGUCGAUCUUUCCGCUUUGAAUUGAAGGCCAUAUAUACUAUCAUUAUCUUUCCUUGUAAGUAUGUAAAUAAUCUGGACUCUUUGUAUCACGUCAUUCCCUUAGAUUAGAGUAGAACUACUAGAUUUGGAGUAGAAAUAUAGCCCACGAUCGUUCCCUUUUCUUGUCUAUUGUACUGUAUGUAUUCUAUAUUGUUGAUAACAUCCUAUCAUUUGGCAAGUCAAAACUAUACAUG